UACUUGUAUUUUAGAUAGGAGAGUAUCGUUUGAUGGUAUCAUGGCAGAAGGAGGUCUCCGUCCGGACUCGCACCUCCUAGAAUGUCCGAUCUGUCUUGAACAGCUUCGCCAGCCUAGGACUCUACCCUGUCACCAUUCGCUUUGUCAGGAAUGCUUGAGUAGUUACAUCAUCAGCGAGGGAUCGGGAAAGAGGAAAACGUCGACUACAUUUACCUGUCCGGUAUGUAGGAAGCUAACUCAACCUGUAGACGCAUCCCUUGAAAAAGAGAAAUGGGCCGAGCAAUUUCCUACCAACAACGCCGCCAUGGAGAUGAUACAGAUGAAAAACAAGUCAACAGAGCCACAUUACUGCACACCCUGUCAGAAAACGAAGGAGAGUAAGGUCCCUGCCCGGUUUUGGUGUAACAAUACCCAAUGCUUGUUUUGUGAGUCUUGUAAACUAAAUCUCCAUGACAUCAUACACGCCAACUGUGAUGUUGUAGAUAUAAUGACAUAUGGUAAUUUUCUACCGAGAAAGGCAACACUUCACAAAAGAUGCGACAAACACAAUAAGAAGAUGAUUUACUAUUGUGUGGAUCACAAGUCUCUCGGCUGCAGUAAAUGUGUAACCAUUGGUCACAGGAAAUGCAACGACGUGACAACAACUGAAGAAUACUGCGAGAAAUUAAACACUGACUCCAAACUAGAAGAGAGGACUUCGAAGCAACAAGAGGCUAUUGGCGCUUUGGAAUCCUUGGUAAAAGACUUCCAUCUACAGUUACAGAAUAUUGCAGACCACAAAGAUUUGGCAUUAGAUAGCCUCGACGACCUGCAGGAACGACUAGUUCAGCGUAUUAGAGAAAUGAAGACGGAGAUGACAGAUGACUUGGUUGCUAAGUACAAACAGGAGAGUGAGAACCUAAAGGUACCAAGUCAGAAGUGUGAACGGCUGAAGGCCGCUAUACAGAAUACAAUAGAGUCAUCUACUACAGCCCAGCAGCAGAACGAUCAUAUGGAUACGAUACUCUUGUACCAGAGAGGUCAAACUGAGCUUGAUGCCUGCAAAGAUUUAAUAAAAGAGAUUAGGAUGUCCAUUUCAACUCUCAGUAUCGAGCAUGAAAUAGAUUCGAAUGUGACGAAUCUUAAUUUUGGUAAAAUUGUUGUCCAAAAGGAACGGAGACAUCUUCCACAUGUUCCAAGUCUCGCUAAACCUUUAGCUGAAUGUGAAGUGAGGGAAAUAAGAAAAAUGAACAUGAAAUGUCCAUCGGAUGCAAAUGAUUGUGUGGCUCAUGGAGUGGUUUUCAUUCAUAACGGUUUGAUUGUGGUUGGAGAUUUUAACAACAAGAAGCUUAAAUUAAUCAACGCUGCUGGAGAUAUUGUUGAUGAGCUGAAGAUGGAUGGACAACCUUGGGAUCUGUGUUUGGUAGACAACACAACAGUUGCAGUUGCGACAAGUAAGGGCAUAUACGUACUGGCAGUUACACCCGUCAAACUAACCCUAUCGUAUAUUACAAACGCUGGAACAUCAUAUGAAGGUAUAGCGUUCAGAGAUGGAGAAUUUAUCGUGAGUACAAAUAACGAAAUAUGUAGUGUGACGAAGGACGGCAAGACCAAGGUUUUACACAGAUGUAAUGGAGAGGUAUACGCGUUAUCUCAUGAUUCCGGUAACGGAAAACUUUUCAUAGCCCAUCACAGCAACGAGAUUUGCAGUACCGCCAUUGGUAGCCUGUCUAAUGACAACCAACACAAACAUGUGUUGAAGGUGAAUGUGGUUAGGCUUCCGUAUGGAGUGGACGUCGACGGGGAAGGAAACGUCUAUGUCUGUGGAUGGAGGUCAAAUAACGUAGUUCAGUUGUCCGGGGACGGGACAAACGUCAGGGAACUGUUAACGGCAGCGGACGGUAUCACACACCCACUGGCUAUAUCUGUGUGUGGUGAUAGAUUUGUCGUAACAAGCCAUACAUCGCCACAUUGCAAUUCUAUCCGAGAAUUUCAACUAAUUUGACUUUCAUUUUCAAUGGUACAUGGCCUCCUCCAACAGCUUCAGAAAGUAGUCAUAUAAAAAACAUGAGUAAGGACAACAUUCAUACUUUAUACAUCAACACUUACAUUUACACUCCACCCAAGACAAUUUUGUGAUCUAUGUAUGAUAUAAUUUAUUAAACUUUAUUCAAAAAGCAUUAUGUCAGUGAAUAAGAGUAUAAAUACACAAAACAAGCAAACAGAAGAGAGAGAAAAGGAACAGACAAACAAACGAGAGUACAAAAAAACCCUGAAAACAUACGCAGGAAGGAUUUUAUCAACCUAGGUCAGAGAUGUUGUAUAUUUGUAUUAUUGUUUUAAAUGUGUAGCCACUGUUGUAUUUGUGUGUCAAUAUGUAUUAUGAUUAUUUUUUCUUUGUUUUCAUGGUAAAUACUCAAAUGUGAUUGGUCGAAAAAAAAUUCAUUUUUCUCUAUGAAAGAAAUUCCGAGAAUGGCGCGGAAAAUGUGACGUCACAAUAUGACAAUUGACGAUGCGUAUUAAUUUGAGAAAAAGAAUCCCAUUUAAAACCAGUAAAAUUGUACAAAAUUUGUUUCAUACCCCGAUGAAACUUUUAAAAAAUGACAUCAAUGCUUAAUUGUUUUUAAUGUUACUUUUAGAUAUUAAAAAUGUAUGCCCUUUUAACUCAAACUUAAUAUGAUUCUUUAGACUGUUUAUAUUAAGUCCUACUUACAGUCAUUUAGAUUUGUUAAUAUAUUGUUUUGUUAUGAGUUGUAUCAGGUUAUCUUGAUUGAACUUAGUAAGUUUAUAAAUAUUCAUUUGCUUGCCAAAGAUGAAUUCCUGUUUAUCGAAUCUAAGACUCAGGUUUUUAGUGAUAAUAGUGAUCCUUAAUUGUUCAAUCAAAUUUGAUAUAUAUUCACAAUCCUGUAAUAUAUGUGUAAUUGUUUCUGGGUGAGAUAUACAAAAUGUACAUCAGUUAUUAUCUACAUGUAUUUUUUUCUUAAAUUUUGAAUGACAUUUUUGCUGUUGUCAGAAUUAUGUGGUUAUUUAUAAAUUGUAGCCAUUGAAGUUUGGAACUAGUACAGGUGUUAAAACGAUAUUUGCAUGCUUCCUUCUAUUUGUCUUCAUCAAUAUUGAAAUUUUGAUUCCAUUUGUUUCGAGCAAUAGGUUUACUUACAUUUUUUUUUAUUAAAGUAGUAUACAUUUCUUGAGCACUUUUUUUCCAUCUUAAAAUUAAUUUCAGAUGUAUAGGUAUAUUGGGUAGUAUAAUAUUUUUCUCUCAGUUUAAAGUUUGAUUUUUUUCCCGAUAAAUUUGUAAAUUGUAGUUGUUAUACUCUGAUAGUUUAAAAAAUUGAUAGGAAUGUAAAAAUUUUCACAAAAUUCAACAAAAGUCUAUAAAGAUUUAUCUGUUUUCAUGAUGUUAUGAAUAAAGUAUAUACAUUUCUUAAACCAUGCAUUAUUGAAAAAUGUUUUUUUAUCUAUUUUGAUUUCACUAUUAUACCAUAUUGGAUUUUCAAGAAUGCUUGUUAUAUACAUAUUGCUUGCAUUAAGAGUCUCACACCAGGCAUCUAAAACAUCUUUCCAAAAUAUAUUUUUACAAUUUUUUGAUUCCUUCUUUAAAUAUUCAAUUCCAAAAUUUGCUAAUUUCUGUUUAUCUAAUAAUGUUUCUUUAACAAUAUCCCAAUUCCCUACUUUUUUAUAUAUAAGUCUGAUCCAAGUCACUUUAAGAGCGGUUAGGAAUGAUUUUGUAUGAAGCAUCUUGAGCCCCCUUUCAUCGUAGUUUUUUUUUCAUAAUUAUGUCUCUUUUUACCGCAUCAGGUUUUACCAUUCCACAGAAAAUCAUAAAACAUCAUAAAACAGAUUGUUAAUUUUUUUAUUACAUGUAUAUAAUUCAGUAGAAUUUGGAAGUGAAAUAAAUAGAUGAUUAAAUUGAGAUAUCAGUAAAGUUUUGAUAGCAA